GCUCCGCGCGUGCGCGGUCCGAGCGAGGGCGAGUCAGGGUACCGGGCGCGCGGAGGCGUGACGUCAUCCGGCGCGACGCGCAGCGGCCGUGGUGAGCGUCACGUGAGGCGGGGAGCCGGCGGUGCGGGGCUGAGGAAACGCGGGUCCUCGCGGGGCUGGGCGGUGGGUCUGUCGUGUUAUUGGGGCGUGGGGGGUCACCUAGGGCUGGGAAGGGAAUCCGAGGCGUCCUCCUGGAGCUGCGGGUGCCGGGCCGUGUUCUGGGGGCUCCGUGGGGCUGGGAAGGGGGUGGGGAAGCGGGGCUCUCACGAGGCCCGGGGGGCACGGGCCUGUUGUGCGGGGUAUUGCCCUGGGACUCGGGAGAAGGGGCCGGCGGUCUCCGUGCCCGGUGGGGCCGUUCUCCUCCCUUUUGUUCCCCUCUCGCAGACCGUGGCCGUGCCCCUUCCCCCCACGCUGGUGCUGGGCGCGGCCGCGGAGAGCGGCUCAGAGCCGGAGACGGGCGGGAGCGCGGCCGGGACCCCCGCAACGGGGCUGAAGGUCCCGGGGGAGGCGUCGGAGACCGAGGAGGAGGAGGAAGAGGACAGUGCGGCCCGAGUGCCGCUGCCAGGGGUGUCCCGGGGGGCCCCUCGCUGCUGCAGCAGCGGCUGGGGGCGGGCGAGGGGCGGCUGCGGGGCGCGA